ACCUGAUCCGAGAUAUGGAUAUCAAGUCUCGGCGACCUUCGUGUGUCUGGUUUCUUGACAUUUCUCCCGGUUGGUGACCAGACCGUCCCCAUCACCUGCAUCACAUCAAACUGCUAUAGUCGGCAACUUAAUCAACAAAAAAAAAAGGGUAAAAAGAGACGGUACAGGGGAAACACUCCACCUGGGCUCCGUCGCCAUGGCGUCCGAAAAGUCGGGCUUCAACAGCCCAGGGCCUGCGCCGCGCGCCAGAGCAGCGGGCAUCUGAAUGUGGGCGGAAGUAGGCAAGGGAGCCUGCUACACCCUGCUCUACCUCUGGCUUCUCCAGUCUCUCUUCGCCCUCGCCAGACCACCGACCCCUGCCACUCCGAACACAACCUCACACCCGCGACUCCUCCACAAAGUCCAACAGUGCGCCAUCCGCAACCUGCACGCCAACACGUCCUUCCUGGACGCGCCGCCCAUCCCCGCCAGCGAGUUCGUCGAGCGGCGCGACCGCCUCGCGCGCGCGCUGGCCGCCUCGGGCGCCGACGCCUUCGUGCUCGAGCCGGGCUACUCGUUCCAGUACUACGGCAACGUGUCGCAGCCCGACUGGGAGCCGUGGGAGCCCGAGGAGCGCCCGUUCCUGAUGGUGGUGCUGCCGCGCACGACAGCAUCCGGCGGCGUCGUCGCCAAGACGGCCUUCCUGGCGCCUCACUUCGAGGAGGGCCGCGUGCGCAUGCUGGGCAUCCCGAGCGCCGAGCCCGAGCUCGACAUCGUCACUUGGGAGAAGCACCGGAACCCGUACGAGACGCUGCUGGCGUCGCACCCGAUGGCCGACGCAAAGGGCGCGGGCCGCCGCCGGCCCAGGGUCAUGGUGGACGAGGAGAUGCGCGACUUCAUCGUGCGCGGCCUGGCCGCCGCGGGGUUCGGCACCGUCGGGCUGGCGCCCGCGGCCGAGCGGGUCCGGCAGCUCAAGUCGCCGCGCGAGGGCACGGUCGAGGCCGUGCGCGCCAUGCGGCCCUGCCUGGUCCCCGGGCUGACCGAGGACGAGGUGCGGGACGUGCUGGACGGGGCGCUGCGGUCGGUCGGGUUCGGCUUGUUUUUCGACAUUGUGCUGUUCGAGGAGCACGGCGCGCUGCCGCACGGCGGCUUCGUCACGGGCGGCAAGCGGCUGACGGCGGAGAGCAUGGUGGUUAUUGAUGUCGGCGCGCACUACCGCGGCUACAGCUCUGAUAUUUGCCGCAGCUUUUUUAUUGACCCGCCACCGCCGCCGGCCGCUGUGUCGACGUGGGAGUGGCUUUGGGGCGCGGGUGGCGAUGCGGCGCAGGACAAGGCGGUUGCGGACCUGCACGCUGAAAAGGUGCACGUCUGGAACGUCGUCCUGGAGGCGCAGUCAGCAGCCGCUGCGGCUUUCCGGGCAAAUAAUACCGCGGCCAGCGUGGAUAUUGCUGCGCGGACAGUGAUCGAAAAGGCUGGAUAUGGCGGUGCUUUUACUCAUCGCCUUGGCCAUGGCAUUGGCAUCAAAGCCCACGAGUCUCCAUACCUAAACAAGUGGAACACAGACGCAAUUCUGCUUCCGGGAACGACCUUCACAAACGAGCCAGGAAUCUGUCUAGAAAACAGGUUCGGCGUCAGGCACGAGGACAUUUACCUGUGUACGAAGUCGUCGCACUAG